AUGAGUGGGCGAAUCCGUUCACCUACCACCAAAAGUUCGAAAAGAUACAAAUCACGUACGCGUUCCAGAAGUUCUAGCCGCAGUACGAGUAGUUCGGGAAGUGAUAGUAGCAGUAGUGAAAGUAGUGCUAUUAGUAAACAUAGUCGCAAUAAAUCAAGGAGAAGAACACGAUCAAGAAGUCCAAAGAAUAAAAGACGUGAUCGUUCACGCUCAAGAGAAAAAAGUAGUAUAGUACAGAGAAAGAGAUCACCUUCUAAAAGCACUAAUAAACGCCGUAGUCCACAACGUAGUUCCCGCCGUUCUCGUUCGCGCCAGAAAGAUAAUAAAACUUCGAGCCGGCAUCAAACCAACUCUAGAAGAUCACGUUCACGUGAAACAAAUCCAUUCAAACGUAAACAAAUUUCAAGUUCUAGUAGAAAUUCUGAAAGGAGAAGAUCACGCUCUAAAAGUAAUGAUGUUAGAGACAAUGGUUCAAGACAUCGAAGAUCCAGAUCACACUCGAGAAGUCACAAUAAUAAUUCAAAAUCAAAUACACAUGAGAAUGAUAGACACUCACAUUCAAUCAGUAAAAAUACUGAAUAUAGUAUUAACAGCGAACGUUGGCCAAACGAUAGAUUUCAUGAUAAUAAUUAUUUACCACGUGAUACAAAACCUCAUAGACCACAUGAGCGAAAGUUAUCAGCGCGUAAAAUUCGAAAGACUGAAAAUUAUUGGCAAAAGGUGCUUUAG